AUGGUGUUCUUAGCGAAACUGUACCUGAUAUGGAUCCUGUCCUUCGUAUUAUACUGGAAUAAGGGACAUGGUAAAUCUACAGGUAUUGACAGUUUGAAAGUUAUAUCAUUGAAUGGCAUUUCGGAAAAUAGUAAUAAUAAUAAUGACAAUGAGACUUGUCCUCCCUGUUUUAACUGUAUGUUGCCGAUGUUCGAAUGUAAGCAAUUUUCCACAUGUAAUGAAUUCAAUGGGCAAUGUGACUGCAUAGAAGGUUUUGGAGGGGCGGAUUGUUCUGUACCUUUAUGUGGAUCUCCCUCUCAUGAUAAUAAGAAUAGACCGUUAAGAAACGAUACAGUAUCUGACGCGUGUGAUUGUGAUGAAGGUUGGUCAGGGAUCAACUGUAAUUUAUGUGAAGUGGACUCUGUAUGUAAUAGAUUUAUGCCAGAUAAUUCAAUUGAAGGUACUUGCAAUAAAAACGGUAUGAUUGUUAAUAAAAUAAAUUCGAAUUGUAAUGUGGUAAAUAGUAAGAUUCUGAAGAUAUUAAACGGUAAGAUACCACAGAUCACAUUUAUAUGUGAUAAAAAUGAGAAUAAAUGUAAUUUUCAAUUUUGGAUUGACCAAGUAGAGAGUUUCUAUUGUGAUUUAAAUACUUGUCAAUUUGAUAUAGACCUACAGAAUAAUCAAACAAGCUAUCAUUGUGAUGAUAUUAGCUGUAAGUGUAUUUCGGAUACAAUGUUAUGUGGACAAAAUGGUUCUAUUGACAUUUCAGAUUUUUUAACUGAAGAAAUUAAAGGUCCAGGUAAGUUUCAGUGUGCUAUUGAUAUCGAAAAUUCACAGGAACAUGAUUGCAAAUUUGAAGAAGCCAAAAUGAAUGAUUUAAUUUCAACUAUAUUUGGUGAUGAUUAUAUCCAAUUAUCUUGUAAUUCAACAGAAUGUUUACACUAUUCGCAAGUACCAGGUUAUCUCCCUCCAGAUUUGAAACAUGGACAAAGAAAAUUAUCUUGGACAUUUAACCUAUUGUUAACUUUGAUUAUAUUGAUUCUUGGUUCCUCAUUUUACUAUAUCACCAACAAUAUAUCAAAAUCACCUUUUUUCACAAAUAUUACAACAGCAAUUGGACAAAAUCAAGUAGAAUUGCCUAAUGAUCAAUAUGAUUUCUUGAAAAAUGAUAUACCAGCUACAUUAACUUUUGAAAAUGUAUCAUACAGCAUCACAGAAUCCGAAGGAAUCCGUAGAGAUGAAGGAAAAAGUAAUGUUAAAAUUUUACAAAAUGUCUCAGGUGUCGCUAAACCAGGUGAAAUAAUGGCAAUUAUGGGUGGAUCUGGUGCCGGUAAAACUACUUUAUUGGAUAUCCUAGCAAUGAAAGAUAAAACUGAUGGAGAUGUAAGUGGGGCGAUAAAGAUCAAUGGAAAACAAUUGGAGAAAAGCUAUUUCAGAAAGCUGAUUGGUUUUGUCGAUCAAUACGAUUAUUUAUUCCCAACAUUAUCAGUUUAUGAAACUGUUUUAAAUAGUGCUCUAUUAAGAUUGCCAAGUUCUAUGUCAUUUGCAGCAAAGCAAUUGAGAGUACUGCAAGUUCUUGAUGAACUAAGAAUCUUAGAGAUAAAAGACCGAUUGAUUGGUAACGACUAUCAGAGAGGAAUUAGUGGUGGAGAAAAGAGACGUGUUUCAAUUGCAUGUGAAUUGGUAACUUCACCUUCAAUUUUGAUAUUAGAUGAGCCAACUUCUGGGUUAGAUUCUAAUAAUGCCAACAACGUAAUCAAUUGUUUGGUGAGAUUGGCACAAAACCAUAAUAGAACCAUAAUUGUUUCUAUACAUCAACCGAGGUCUAAUAUCUUCUAUUCCUUCAAUAAGUUGAUCUUAUUGAGUAAUAGUAGAUUGAUUUAUUCUGGGGAAGCAAGUAAUGUCACAAAAUUCUUGGAAGCAAAUAAAUUGUACUGCCCUCCUGGUUAUAAUGUUGCAGAUUACUUAAUCGACAUAACCGUCACUAAUGAAAGAGUUGACGCUGAUUCAGUUAACAAAAAUAACGAACGAAUUGAGCCUAUGGCCUCAGUAGGAAAUAAUAGUUCAAAACAAGAGCUGGGCCAGGAAUCUGAUAUUUUAUCUGAUAGUUUUAUGGAAAGUAGUUUCCACACUAAUGUUGCUAGUGAAAUUCGUGAGAGUAUUGAGUUCAAUACUACCGAUAAUAAUGAACUACCUACAAUAAAUACAUCCGCAACAUUUAGUGAACAGCUGAUGAUAUUAUGCUCAAGAACUUUUAAAAAUGUUUACAGAAAUCCAAAAUUGUUGAUAGAAAAUUACUUAUUGUCUAUUUUCUUAGCUUUUUUUUUGGGAACUUUAUAUUAUAACUUAUCAUUAGACAUUAGCGGAUUUCAAAAUAGAAUGGGUUUAUUUUUUUUUAUAUUAACGUAUUUUGGUUUUGUUACAUUUACGGGACUAAGCACGUUUGCACAAGAAAGAAUGAUAUUUAUCAAGGAAAGAGCUAACAACUACUAUACACCCUUAGCAUAUUACAUCAGUAAGAUUGUCAGUGAUAUCUUACCGUUAAGAGUUUUUCCUCCACUUUUCAUAUCAUUGAUCAUUUAUCCGCUUGCCGGACUGAAUAUUAUUGAUGGUUAUAACAAUUUUUUGAAAUUUAUUGUCAUAUUAAUUUUAUUUAACCUUGGUAUUUCUUUAGAAAUUCUUACUGCAGGUAUAGUUUUCAAGGAUUUGAAUAAUUCAAUAAUUAUCAGUGUCUUAAUAUUAUUAGGAUCAAUUCUGUUCAGUGGAUUGUUCAUUAACACAGAUGAAAUUCCAUAUGCUGCAUUUAAGUAUUUCAAAAGCCUUUCAAUAUUCUACUAUGCCUACGAAGCUCUCUUAGUCAAUGAAGUUAAAACACUAGUAUUGAAAGAGAAAAAAUUUGGCCUUGAUAUCGAAGUUCCUGGUGCAACAAUUCUAAGUACAUUUGGAUUCAAAGUUAGAAACCUAGCAUUGGAUAUAAAUGGCUUAAUUGCCUUUAACAUUGUAUUUUUAAUCGUUGGAUACAUAGCCUUGAAAUAUAUUGUAGUUGAAAAGAGAUAG